UGUUCAGUAAGUAUUGAAACACCGGCGAAGGUAGUGUUAUGUGAUGUUAAUUUUAAAGUGAAUUAUACAGUGAAUUAGUUUAAUGUGGCCUUUGUCUUAAGGAUCAAUCAAGACAGAUCUUGUUGAUAAACAUGGCGUCCGUCGAUAACAAAGAAAACAUGACACAACCGAAAACGUUACAAGAAGCACUGAAUGUGAUAAAAUUUUUAGAAACAACACAUAAACAAGAGAUAAUCAAAAUGAAAGAUGCAUACCAUAAACAAUCGGAAAUAGUUAAAAAAUUAGAAGUAAAUAGGAAAAAGGAGCUCGAAUUCUUAUCGAGUGAACUUCAAAAGUAUGAAAUAAACUUAGCAUUAAGAAUGGAAUCUGUCACGGUACAACUCACACAGAAAGACGAAAUAAUUCGCAAACAAGCCGAGAUAAUAGAAGAACUCAACAAAAAGUUGAGUCAUAACUUCUCAAUUCCAGACAUAAACAUCGUCGAUUCCAAUUCCGAUUCAGGUGUAGCGUUAGAAGAAACGGUAAACAGCAAAAACGAAACAAAAGCUGAAGUCAAAGCAACUAGAAAAUGCAGUCGAAAAUUCACAGACCCAAUUGGAUUUCUACGCAGAGUAGAUUUCUCACCUAUGAAAUACAAACCGAGUAACAGGGAAGUUAAAAAGAAGGAAGACAAAAAGAAACAUCACGAUACACAAUUUACAGAAAACAGAAUUUUAGUGCCACAAUUCAGAAAUGGUAAAGUCACAAGUGAUGAUGAACGAAACACUGGUGAAGACGCAGGUCUGUCUGACAGUUUAACAGAACCUGUGUUGAUCAAACCGAAGAAAUUAAACGAAAGUAUGAACAAUCAUUUCUCAGACGACGGCAGCGAGGACACCAGUGAAGAAAUAUUCGAUCGAGUUAUGACGAGGAACAGCAUCAGACGAUCUGUCAAAGCUAAUCCGAAAUAUAAAAAAAUCAACAGAACAAAAUCGAAACUUCUGGAACAAGUGAAAGUGAACAUUGUUGACUAAAUAGUAUCAUAAACUAUUUCUCUACAUAAUGUGCAAUCUAUUCUGUUAUUUAAUUAUUAAAAUCAUGUAACUGA